AAGUUCCUUUAAUCAACAACAACUACUUUGUUUCCUCUGAUUGUUCUGUUUUUCUAUUUUCAAAAUUAAUUAAUUUAGAUUAUACUAUGUUUCCAGUACUUUGGGGGGACAUUUAGGGUUUUCUUUAGGGAAAUCGAGAAAGCUAAUUCUGAAUUAUACUAAUAGUAUGGGUUUUGACUGAAUUUAAUGGAGUGAUUUGAAAAGCUAUCAUCUGUGAUCAUAUUUUUUUUAAAGUGUUUUAGUUACUGAAUUGGAUAUAAUGUCUGUAACUAAGGCAAUCUGUAAGUGUUCAAGAUUGAGCACUUACUUCUCGUAUCCAUUUGUUCCAGUUCCUUUUUCGACAAUGUCCAGUUUGGAGGAACCACUGUGUCUCGACAGAUUUCCAGACAUGAGAGGACUGGACAGGGUCCGGAGGUUCUCUUCUAGUGCUUGCAGGCCUAGGUCUGGUGAAACAAGUAUUGAGGAACGUUGGGUUGACGAUAGAACUUGCAGCUCAUCCAACAGUUGCAAUGGAGAAUACACAAAACAGAUCUUCUCAUGUCGAGGACAGACAACGGAUACUUUCUGGGAAGAUUCCUUAAGCAAAAGAACUAAAAGCCUCGGCAGGAACCGCACCGUUUGUGAUUUGUGGUUUUCUCCAGAGCGUCAGUAUAACUCUCAGUGCUCCAACAAGGAUGGAAGUGACGAAAAGAAUAAGUUUUUGAGAGAUAUACCAAAGUUUGUAAAGAUCGUGGAAGUUGGUCCAAGGGACGGAUUGCAAAAUGAGAAGAAUGUUGUACCUACAUCUGUUAAGAUCGAGCUGAUACAAAGGCUAGUUUCUUCUGGAUUGCCUGUUAUCGAACCAACAAGUUUUGUCUCCCCAAAAUGGGUACCCCAGCUAGCAGAUGCAAAGGAUGUAAUGGAAGCAAUUGGAACUGUUGAGGGAGUUAGAUUUCCUGUGUUGACUCCGAACCUGAAGGGUUUUGGAGCCGCUGUUGCAGCUGGAGCUAAAGAAGUGGCAAUCUUCGCGUCGGCAUCUGAAUCCUUUUCCAAGUCAAAUAUUAAUUGCACUAUCGAAGAUAGUCUUGCUCGUUAUCGGGAUGUUGCUCGUGCUGCUGGAAAGCUCUCAAUUCCUAUUCGCGGGUAUAUCUCCUGUGUUGUGGGAUGUCCAGUGGAGGGACCAGUAGCUCCAUCAAAGGUUGCAUAUGUGGCAAGAGAGCUUUAUGGUAUGGGUUGCUCCGAGAUAUCCCUUGGUGAUACAAUUGGAGUUGGUACACCAGGGACUGUUGUUCCAAUGCUCGAGGCUGUAAUGGCAGUUGUUCCCUUGGAGAAGCUUGCUGUCCAUUUCCAUGACACUUACGGCCAGGCUCUUUCAAAUAUCUUGCUUUCUCUCCAAAUGGGGAUUAGCACUGUGGAUUCCUCUGUGUCCGGUCUAGGAGGUUGUCCAUAUGCAAAAGGUGCUUCUGGAAAUGUUGCAACUGAGGAUGUGGUCUACAUGCUGAAUGGGCUAGGAGUGAAGACCAAUGUGGAUCUCGGCAAGCUUAUGUCAGCCGGGGAAUUCAUCUGCAAGCAUCUUGCCCGUCCAUCUGGAUCCAAGACUGCAGUUGCUCUGAGCAGAAUUACAGCAGAUGCUUCUAAAAUAUGAGGAACAGAAAAGUAAAGUAAAUCAAAAUUAUACAUAUAUAUAUAUAUAUGAAAAAAGAGGAUAGUUCAGAUGGUAUAUGUAUAAAGUUCUGAUAAUACAGAUAUAGUCGUUUGAUUCCAUGGAGGAACAGAAUAAAAAUAAAAUGGAGGAGUUCGUAUGGUAUAGAGACUUUUGGUUAA